AUGUUACCCGAGAAAUCACACGGGAAAGUUCUCGAAGCGACGGUUAUUGCUGCUGGACCAGGUGCUGUCGACAAAGACGGGAAGAAUUUGCCUAUGUCUGUUAAGGUUGGCGAUCGAGUUUUACUUCCCGAAUAUGGUGGAACAAAAGUGGUCGUUGAUGAUAAAGAAUAUCAUAUAUUCCGAGAAAGCGACAUUCUUGGAAAAUGGGAUUAA